UGGGGAAAAACCAGGAUUUUUUGGGGGAAGAAAAGGUGAUUUUGGGGUGUUUUGUGCAGGCACCUGGACAGCCACGCCCUGUGGGAGCCGCAGGUGUUCGCCCGCGGCUGCUUCCGGAUCAUCAUGUUCUCCAUCCAGCCCCAGCACUCGCACCUGGUGAUCCAGCAGCUCCUGAGCCACCUGGACGCCAACAGCCGCAGCGCCGCGCCCGUGCGCGCCGGCAUCGUGGCCGUGCUCUCCGAGGCCGCCGCCAUCGCCGCCACCGGAGCCGUCGGCCCCACGGUGCUGGAGGUGUUCAACACCCUCCUGCGGCAGCUGCGCCUCAGCAUCGACCUCGCCCUGGCCGGGAAUUCCGGGAAUUCCGGAGCCGCCAAUUCCCAAAAAUCCCGGCAGCUCGAGGAGACCAAAUUCCAGGAGGCCGUCAUCAAAACCAUCGGCUCGUUCUCGGGCACGCUGCCGCCGUACCAGCAGUCGGAGGUGAUGGUGUUCAUCAUGAACAAGGUGCCCGUCCCCCACCAUUCCCGACAUUCCCGCCACUCCCGGCAUUCCCUGGAGCCGCCCGCCGAGCCCGACGG